GUUUUGCAAACACAAGGCCUGAUGGUUGCCAGUGGGCUGGGACGGAGACCCAAGGAGUGACAUUCAACACACUGUGAACCGAGGGCCAUGCGUGUGGCGCUACGGCUGCGCAGUGGCUGCCUGGUGCUCUGUCUGUGCCUGUCAGUGUUCACCCUGCUGCUACAGAGCCUCUGGGUGCCAGUUGAGAUGAACAGCGAUGAACCUGCAGGGAGAUCACCUGAAGAACAGGGUCAUCGUGGGCGUAGCUCUCACAGACUGGCUCUUCGCUUAGGGAUUUUAAGUACUCAGGUGGAAGAACUCAGUCUACUACAGCAGAGGUUUAGACUGGACCAGCAAAGUUUGGCCCUGCUGGUAGAAAAGGAACUGAAGACGGUGUCCCAGAGGCUUGAUAGGCUCAGCCGUCAUCCUCACCAUCACCAUCAGUCUCACACACCACAGUCACGUGAUGACCACAUACCACACACUGAGCCCAGUAAGAUGUGUGAGGUGCCAAUGGAUCCUGCAUAUCCAGUGUGUGCAGAGAAAGUGGAGGCUCAUUGGCAGUCCGACCCCUGCUAUGUCUUUUAUGGAGUGAAUGGUACCACCUGCUCCAUAUUGACUUACCUCAGCCAGAUAGAGGACUUUUGUCCCCCUCGUCUUGGAAGGAGCCACUCUGGACUGCCAUGGCAUGAGAAACCUCAGUCCUAUAAAAAGAAGGCCGAGAUACGUACAACUCUGAAUCAGCUGUUUGAGGUGAUCAGCAACAACACGAGUCCUGCAAUGAGGUUCAUCCAGACCAGAGUGGAAAGGAUGUCUGUAGGGUGGACACAGGCUGGUCUGAAGAUGAGGCAGAGCAGCAACAAGACAGUCUCAACUCAGAUGAGGGUGCUGCUUUAUCUUGGUGCCCUGGCUGGAAGCAUUGGCCAGCAUUUUGAAGCCAUGGUGGAGAGAGGGGGCCCUCUAGGGGAACUUGUCCAGUGGGCUGACCUCAGUGCCUGUCUGACAAUCCUGGGCCAGAACCUAACUUUCAGCACCUCCCAGCACCACCUUCACAGCCUGAUAGGUGCUGCUCCCGGCCGAGGCAGUUGUCCAAUCCAGAGGCCCCUGACCUUUGACCUCAUCUAUACUGACUACCAUGGCCUUGCUCACCUUCAAGGAGCCAUGGGAUUGGCUUUCCAGCAUUACCAGUGCCGCUUCAGAAUCCUGGAUUCUUUUGGCACUGAGCCAGCCUUUAACUUGGGGAGUUAUGCACGCAGGUGGGGAUAUAAAACACUUUGGGGCAGCUGGGGUCUCCACCCUCUGCAGUACAUGACCAUGUUCCCUCACACUCCUGAUAACUCCUUCCUGGGCUUUGUGAGUGAGGAGGCAGUGAGAGAGGAGGAGCGGGAGCCAGAUGCCUACAGGAAAGACAGGAUAGCGGUCGUUUAUGGUAAACAGGACUACAUGUGGCAGGGUAAAUCUGAGUAUGUGGAUGUGAUCAGUGAGGAGCUAGAGACCCAUGCCACAGUCUAUCAACCUCCAAGACAUGCCUCUAAUCUGCCCAGCUUCAUCAGAAACCACGGCCUGCUCACUCAGAAACACUUCCUACAACUUCUCCGCAGAGCCAAGGUGUUUGUAGGGCUUGGAUUCCCCUAUGAGGGUCCAGCUCCCAUUGAGGCAGUAGCUUUGGGAUGUGUCUUCCUUCAGCCACGAUUUGAGCCUCCACACUCAUCAGACAACACUGACUUCUACAAGGGCAAGCCCACCACAAGGCAGAUCACUUCCCAGCACCCUUAUGCUAAAGAAGUCAUUGGUAAACCCUAUGUGUGGACUGUGGACAUAACCAACAAGACUGAUGUACGGGAGGCAGUGAAAGCCAUUUUAAGCACAGAGGUGAAGCCGUUCACUCCCAGAGAAUUCACCUGUGAGGGAAUGCUGGAGCGGGUUCAUGCUUACAUCACUCACCAGAACUUUAGCAGUAAAUCUGUCCCUGCUUGGCCACCACGAAGUGCUUUAAGGGUACACCUGGGCCCCCUGGGGCAGUCGUGUGUUACUGUGUGUCACCGCUAUACCCUAGUAUGUGAGCCUGCUCUGUUUCACCACGUCAACAGCCCUGCUGCAUUCACCAGCAUCGAAGGAGAUGAGCCAGGUGAUAGCGACACAGCCAGCUGUAUGCCCGUUACCACAGUGAUGACAGCUGCCAACCCAGGUGCACAGAGAUAG